GUUCUUUUGCUUUAUCAUAUACAACAUCAUGGAUACGCAGCCUUACACUGUGGCGGUGUCACGGGUACCGACUGAGUCGAUCCCCCUUACCACGGAAGAGCCUAUAGAAAGUAGACAACUUCGGAAUGCCCUAAACGAAAUCAACGAUGUCACGGAACUCGAUCCUAAUGUGCAGGAAGCCGUACUCAUACCCAAACCUAAUCCCAACGAAUUUCCCACUGCUGCUGAACUCAUUGACGAUGACGGCGAUCUGGCUUCUCGACUUCUGAAGUCGGGUUUGGAAGUCGGUGAAGCAGCUGCUUUAGGCACACUUCCUUCAAGUAUUGGAGAGGACGACGACGAGGAAGCUGAUUUUAUGGAUCCAGAGUUGAUGGAAAUCACUGAACGAAAUCGAUUUGUUGCAUUGGACGAGUUUGCCGAACGACCGCCUAUUCGAUCGGCCAAAAGUGUUCGGAAACGACAGUGCUUGAUCUUCCAAGAUCCUCCCGCUGUCGUCGUGCAACCCCAUCGUAUAACUGUUACCAUGUAUUAUGGUGUCCUGCCACCGGGUUGGGAUGCCGGGAUCGCUUCACCAAUGUCUCCUGCCAUACCGCGUAUCAAGCCACCCAGUAAAUCUCGACGCUAUCUCGUAGCAUGUGAUUUUAGUGAGGAAAGCUUUUUCGCCAUAGAAUGGACGAUGGGAACAUUAAUGCGAGACGGUGACGAGAUUCACCUUGUCACUGUUGUUAAUCGUGAGGACAACCCAGAGCUAGUGGAAGCUGCCGGUAUGACAUUAUCCAAAGAGCUCGAUCGUGCAUCUAGAGCGUUGACUACCAAAACGCGAUCUAUUUUAAACCAGAUGCUAUUGUAUGAUAUUAAAGUUGUCACCUAUGCUUUAAGUGGCAAGGUGAAGUAUGAGUUGGCUCAAUUGAUUUCGGAGCUACCGCUGACAAUGGUGAUUUGCGGCAGUCGAGGCCGCGGAAAACUGAAAGGGUAAGUACAGCACCUUGAACCUCUUUU